AUGCCUUAUACUGAAACUGCCGUACAAAGCGACCUUGUUAGCUGUGUGGUCUUUUGUGCUCGUAGACAUGACAAUUUGGUGGUUUCAUACAAUGCGAAGAAUUGUUUUUGUUUAAUCCACAAUUCUGCCUCAGUUGGAAACGUCAAGGUAUCAUUUGUGUUUCUGAAAUACACAGAUUAUGCUGACUGUUUUAAUAGCGGUUAUGAUCUCAUCUAUCCGCAUCUGGAAUUUUGCAUGAAAUUCUACAGGGACAAGAUAAUCUGGUCAGGAGCACACCAAGCAUGUAUCUCUGAUGGUGCACGACUGAUUACUCUAGAUACUGAUGCAAAGUGCAAAAUAGCCGCUUACUUACCAACUCAACAUUUUGCACAUAGAAUUUAUGUUGGUGGUAGUUCUAACGGUACACACUUCAUAUGGAGUACGGGAGAGGAAAUCAAGAGUUGUUGGAGUACAGACGAACCAAGCAGUCCAACAUCGCAGGAAUGUGUGGCAGUGUAUACACACGACGAAAUAUACUUGCAUGACUUAUACUGUUCGUCACAAUUAACCUUUUUAUGCGAGAAGUCUACAAUAGGAUUUAAAAUUCUAUUUGGAUAA